GCGGCCGAUAUCGGCGAAUACAAGUGUCGGAUAGACUUCCGGAAAGGCCGGACUCAGUACCGAAGCGUGCAGUUAGACGUAAUCGUGCCUCCGAGAGAAGUGAUAAUAAUGGAUGAAUACGGGCAGCGGCUCCGGGAUCCUGUCGGCCCUUUCAACGAAGGGGCCCACCUGACUGUCAUAUGUGAGGCAGAGGGAGGCAAACCGCGUCCGAGCAUACGCUGGUAUAAAGACAGCACACUUUUGGACGACUCCUGGAUAGUGACUCCGCAGGGAAUCGUACGAAACGAAUUGGUUAUAACCCGUCUCUUACGUACAGAUCACAAGUCUAUCCUCACAUGUCAGGCAAACAACUCUAAUCUUACGAAACCAGUCACUGCCAGCAUUGCAUUAGAGCUCAAUUUGCGUCCAUUAGAUGUGCGGAUAACGACAGUCCACAGGCCGCUGAUGGCCGACCGCCAGAUAGAGGUGGUGUGCGAGGCGGGUGGGUCUCGACCCCCGGCACUGGUCACGUGGUGGAAGGGCUCCAAACGACUGGCCCACACCACCGAAGAGAUCACCAAAAACGAGAACAUCACCGUCAGUACCGUUCACUUCACGCCCACCGUCGACGACAACGGGAAGAUCCUGUCGUGUCGGGCCGACCACUCGGUGCUGCCCGACUCGGCCCUCGAGGACUCCUGGAUUCUCGACAUCUACUGUGAAGAUCAGUUGACAAAAGGCAACGACUGGUAG